AUGCUGGAGGACAAGCUGACUUGGGCCUUGCCUCGUGCUGACGGCUGCAGCCGUUGCUCUCUUCCAGUCUUUGCUGAUGGCACCAGGAAUGCUCGCGCAUCUGCAUAUCUUGCAGGCGCUCUCAUCCAACAAAUGAUGUGGCAGCGCGGCGCCAGAAGUCUCAUCCUCCAUGGCCCACCAAAGCUUUGCAAAUUCCUCCAGGAGUGUUACUCUGCAGGCGGUUUCUAUGACCUGGAAGUGACGUCUAUGCCCAAGCUCUGCGGAGUACCAGACAAACCCUUCGAGGUGAAAAUCGUGGACACCGAAGAUGAUGUCCCAGAGAGGACGUGUAGCCGAACCAGAAAAAUUCGGCUACACGCAGAGGGAUGCCUCCGGGCCUUCGAGAAGGAUGCCGCCGGGGCUUUGGGAUAGAAUGGACGGUACUUUUUUAAAAGGAUGUGUGUCCGCGUUUGCUUUAGGAUUUUUUGGCUUUUCAAUCUGGAGCAGUUUCCUUGCUAUCUGCUG